UCGACGUGUGUGCGACUCCACGCAUGACGUUGCCGCAGAAACUAUGCCGGCGUGUUUCAGCCGUUCGACUUACAGUUUUCCCCACCCUACCCAUCACUUCUAAUACUCAACCUCUGAUCCAGCAGAAAUUUCCCUUCUUUUCGAUCUAGUUUUCCACUUCCCAAUGCCUCGUCGAGCAAGGCAAAUGCAUUCAUAGUUUCGUACGUGGCCUAAUCAUUCCUUCUCUCUCUCUCUCUCUCUCUCUCUCUCUCUCUCACACAUUUAUCAGUAAGUCGAGGAGGAAAACUUGGUUCUUAUCCUUCGUGCCUGACCUCUCCUGGGGAGAAACACCUCUUCUCGUGGCUGUCUCUCUUGAUCUCUUCCAGGGUCAUUCUUCUGCAUGCAUGGAGAUUUCCAACGCUCGCCAUCAGUUUUGCUGAUAGAAGUGGCGAUUCCUACACCUAUAUUUCUUUUGAAUCUUCCCUGUGUGGAGGCCAUCACCUCUUUCAAAGAGAUCUGUUGCUACUGAAGUAAUCAUUUUGCUGGUUUACCUUCUCUUUCAAUUUGGAUGAUCUUUUCUCUUUUUGUGAUAAGAGAUUUUUCCUUGUAUCUUAGGGUUUGCUCAGACAUCCUCCACUACUGAACUAGAAUUCUUCUGGAGAGAGACUUUUUCUCAGUUUCUGAAAGAAACUCUGCAGUAGAAAUUGUUUCCGGCCUUAUCCCUCUUUACUUUCCUAACAUCGGUUCUGCUACAGUUCUCUCUCUCUCUCUCCACCCGCCCCCCCCCCCUUCUCUCUCUUGCAAGUGCUUAUGCUAAUAUCUAGAUUGAUCAUUCUUGUGUUUGAUGAGUUCUUUUUUUGUUUUAGCUAUUUGAUUGGUCAUAUGCAUUUUUUUUCCUUCUCUUUUGCAAGACAUGAUCUGGGUAUCAUUCUAUAUCUUCCAAUUUCGACCUCAAUUUCCAUCUGAUGUUGUGAAUCUUCUAAUGUUCUUCCUCUUCUUCUUCUUGUAAGCCAUCAUCUUCUUUCUUCUUGGAUUUAGCCACUUGUUUUACUUCACAUGCCACUUCCGAUGCUUCUUUUGUAAAGGCUGACAUCCCACUAUAGCCCUUGAAAUUAAAGUUGAAGUACACAAUGUGGGGUUUGGUUCUAAGGACAGUCGUUCAUGACUCCGUUUUCCAAAUGCAUGAUGAAGAAGAAUGGAAGUACAGAGAAGGAUUAAAGAAUUUGAUAGUGAAAGGAAGCAGCUAUAACUCAAAACUAAUGUCACAACCGGUGUGGAUGUUAAUUGCUUCUUCUGUGCAGCCACAGGCAAUGGCUAGCCAUGGAUUGACUCAGCAGCAACAGGAUAGGAAGCUCACGCCUCAUCCGGAGCAAGCCCUGAAGUGCCCCAGGUGUGCCUCCACCAACACCAAGUUCUGUUACUACAACAACUACAGCCUCUCCCAGCCCAGGUACUUCUGCAAGGGUUGCCGGAGGUACUGGACUCAGGGAGGCUCUCUCAGGAAUGUCCCAGUGGGAGGUGGAUGCAGGAAGAACAAGAGAUCCUCCUCUUCCUCUUCCACUUCCCCUUCCUCGAAGAAGUCGCAAGAGCAAGACCUCACCUCUACCCACUCCAACCCACUACUCCCUACCCUCAUCCCCCCACCUCUUUCAUAUGAUCCAACUGACCUCACCUUCUCUUUUACUGGACUUCCAAAGCACCCACUCGCGAAGCAGUUUGGCCUGGAAGACAAUAACCAUGACGCUGACCCAAUGCCAUCUGCUCCAACCCCAACAAAUGGUGGUUUCCUUGACAUCCUGAGAACUGGUUUUGUUGACAUCACAAGCCCAAGCGGCUUGAGCAACAACCUUUACUAUAGCUAUGGAAUCCAUGGCGGUCUGGAGAUGGCAACUGGUGUUAGUAGGGAAGAGGGAGGACUCAGUGGCGCAACAGCAAGUGCAACAACUAGCCAAGGGUCAUGCAAAGCCAUGGAUGGAGGGGAUAACAAGGUGCGGACAGGUCUUCCAUGGCAGGAUGGAAACAUGGAUGCUUCAAAGGAUUGCUGGGAUGGUUUUGGUUCUUCUUUGCAGGGACUAAUCAAUAGCUCUGGGCUGUAAGAGGUGCAAUUAUAGAGGACCAUAUCCUUCUCUCUUUAAACUCUGGAAAUGAUGCAAAAAUCUCUUGUAUGGUCGAUGAGAGAGUAAUGAUCCAAUAAUUAUACA